AUGUCAACCCUCCCCGUCACCUCCCUUCUGCACUCGCUGCAGCAUCAACGAAAACCACUCAACCAGAGAGCCACGUCGCUGGCUCUCAUCGGCCUUAUCGUUGUGUCAUUCUACAUAUUUUUCGUGGCAAGGCCUUCAUUAGAGCUUGCUCCAAUAGCACUUCGGACCGACGCCCUCGGUCACGCAGGUACACAUGGAUCGUAUCCACAAGACAAAGAUGAUUCCCUACCAUCGUCUAGACUCUUCCGCCCACUUUCAAAUAGCCAAAGAAAAAACGUAGUCAGCAAUACCAAUCGUCCCCAAGUCGAAUUGGAUGAAUCGCAGGAGCUAGCAGCAGUAGCUGCUUUCGUGGCAGCGCUUCCACAGAAUAUGAUUCCACGCUCGAUAGACCCAAGCAAACCUAUUGACCCCCAACUCGUGCUUGACUUCGACACUCGUAGUCCCCGUGCCGCAGAUGAAGUAAAUCAGAUCGUGCAAGAUGUGUGGUCUCGCUAUCCCGUUAUGAUGUUUACCAAGGUUCAUCAUGCACACUCUAGGGAAAUAAGACGUAUCGUUUCAACUAUGGACUUACGGCCGCCUCCUGUGGCUUUUGAAGUCGAUCAACGAGAGGAUGCAGAAGUUUUGAUUCCUUUGUUACACCGCCUCACGUCUUCAACCGAUCUUCCUCUAAUGCUUAUUGGGGGCAAGCCCGUUGGCUCGAUGGAUACUAUUCGGGAGCUCAACGAGUCCGGCGAACUCCAGAAGUUGAUUACCGAUGCCGGUGCGGUCAUUGACGGCUCGAAGAAGAAGAAAGUACACUGA